UGAUUAGGGAGGAAAUGGAAAGUAGCAAUUGAUGGAUAAAUUACAAGCUCCAAGGAGUGCCUCGCAUAAUUAUUGUUGUAGUCUGGGCUUGUUGUGGAUAUAGCAGCAUGCCUAAAGGAUGCGACAACCCCAUAAACAUCUGCUGGUGUCUUGGGCCAAUGAUUGCUCUUAAAAGAAGGUAAAGAUGUUUUCUCACCAGGUGGGGCCUACUGUGCUGGGCAUAUAAAUAAAUGGAGAGUUUGAUGGGUCAGAGCUUCCCCUGAGUUUCAGCACUGACAACCCAUCCGCUUGACUUGAACUCAACUUAUAGGAGCAGAAUGAAAACUGCAGGUGUCUUUGUGCUGCUGAGCCUGGCUGUAUUCUGCCUCUUCUCAGGUAGGUGAGGGGGGGAAAGGACUCCAGUGUUUAAAAAACAGCCUCAGUCUCCAUAAAAGACUGUUCCCAAGAGGGAGAGGUGCUAUUCCAGAGUGUACCAGAAUAUUUUCCUUCUACUGCUUAUUGUAAAAUGAAUUGUGCUUCUGUUGACAACACCAGUAGGGAUAUUAAAAGAUAAGACAAUUCUUGCUUGAAAGCAUCAUCACCUGAGCAUUUCACCUAUAUAAGACUGUAAGCUGUGUAAACUUCAGCUAUCCAGAUUCUGGUGUCCAUAUCUGACAUAACUGCUGUUCCUCAUUGUUUUCUUUUACUAUACCCAAUGACUUGAUCAAACAGAUUGACAUCCACGCACCCUUGGGAAUACAAGUAAGAUUUAUGCAGAUCUGUACAACUUGGCACACACCAAGCCAAGUAUGGUUUAGUAGUCACGCACAACAACAUGAUUAAACAGUUUUACUAAUUGUACCUUCAUAUGGCUGUUUUAAAUGGAUUGGUGUUUUUUUAAUGUGUAUACCACCCUGGGCUCCUUUGGAAGUAAGUUGAGGAUAAAAUCUUAACUAAGCAAAUAAAUACAUUAGGACAAAAAUGCUAAGCUAGUGCAAUGGUGCUACCUACACACAUCAGGACUGCAUGAUUUUUGUAUAAUAUUAUGUGUACCUAACAUUGACAGUCUUUCUAACUUGAGGGAAAUUUUGAGCAGCAAUUGCAGUAUUCUUUUCUUGCUCCUCUUGCAGUUUUGUAUGGUGUACACUGACCUGUCAUAUUUUCAUGAAAGUGAAGUUAAUAAAGUGCAGUUUAUAAAUACAUACAAUAUUCUGAUUCUAUUACUCCUUCAAUAUUAGGUCUAUAAUAUGUUAGUAAGCCUUGCUGUUCCUUUCUGUUACAGAUGUUACCAGCCAACGUGAGGGAGAGGUCAGUGCAGCUGUUUUUAUUUCCUUCUGGGAUGUUGCUUGUAUAUGGCCCCAUUUCACAUCUAGACUUACUAUUAGGUUGCUAUGAAGAGAAGAGGUCCUAUCUUGACCCUGAAAGGGAUUAGCUGUCCAAUCCUGUGGUCCUACACACCUGUCCUCUCCCUUUGUGUUGGCAUCUGGGGAAGGGGCAAAUAGAAUAUGGCCCUUCCAAGUUUUCUGAUCAAGGCAAGCAAUUUUAAGGGGCAUGGACAACAUUGGUUAGGCUAUCCUGAUUCAGAAUUGGCUGUUAUAAAACUGUUUAAGCUGGUAUGCGGAAUGGCCCUUGUUUCAGUCAUGAGUGCAAACUGGCAGGACUAAUAGGACCAUGGGCAAAGAUUCCUAGGGAUCAAGGCAGUUUCGGGGGGGGUAUGUUUUUUUAGGAAGCUGGCCCCCUCAGUGUUCAGAUGGGAUUUGGCUCUGCCCCUAGCUCCUCACGACAUUGCAUACAUUGUGUGACAUCCUGUUGGGCCCUCUCAAUCAUCUUGAGAAUCUGGUGCCUCUGAACUAUAAAGAAAACUAUCACUUAAAGGCUGUUUCUUAUCCCUUUAGGCUAUUGACUGCAGUGAGUUUGAUAACAAUGAACCAUACUGCACCAGGGAAUCUAACCCUCACUGCGGCACAGAUGGCCAGACCUACGGAAACAAGUGUGCUUUUUGCAAGGCAGUUGAGUAAGUAUAUUAAAGAGAGCUCUAUACACACAGCGGAUGAAAGUAUAACUGUUAUGUUGCUUUCAUGGUCAGCUCCAGGCUUCAGGACUGAAAAAAUGUCCACUGACUGAUGUGCACUCUCUGUUGUGUUGGCUACCCCUAUGCUACAGUUAGUGAAACCUAUUUUCAGGAUUUGCAUGUCCUCUCCUUUUAUGGAAAUUAUGUUUCCACCAACUUUAUGUUUCUGCCCAGAGACCCCCAAUGAAUCCAGCCUUGCUAGGAAUUAGUUACUUGUUGAAGUCAGGAAGAAAUUCGCCUCUAUACGAUGUUGGAAUAGGGUUCGCACAUUUAAGCAUUGAACAAGUGAAUGUAUUAGUGAUCUUCUGAGACUAUAUUAGAGUCAAAUCAGAGAGAUUCCCACUGGUAUGAAAAAACAACCAACCAACCUGGGUUUACAAGAGAUUGCUGUUCUAUGAGUUAAGACUUUACAAGGAUGUAUAACUAUGCAAACAAGGUAGGGGAGUUUUCCCAGCAUGAUGCAUCAGCUACAAGAGGAUUAAAAGAGGGAGUUGUUUGGCUCCUUCCAAGCUGUUGGUGACAACUCUCCCUAUCGUAGCAGGAUUGAGAGACAGUCAGUGGAUGAUGUGAUACAGCUUUCUGGCCCUUGAAUACACAGUCAAGAUGAGGUAAAAUGGGAGUCAAGAAGGCUUUCCAAUCACGAGAAGGUGAGGCUUGGUGCCUUGCAGAGUUCUUUGCCCCUCACCAGAACUGGCAGACAAGAAAUAAAUGAUAAAAAAAUAAUUCUGCAUGCAAAUAAUGUCCAUUUCUAUUAUUGGUAUUCUUUUUGCAUGAGUCAGAGUUUAGCUUUGGCACACAAAAUGUGUUGCUUUGAUGUAGAGAAAAAAUAGAUAUGUGAAAGAUGCAUCUUUCAGAUUGUGCACUGUUUGACUGGUGUCCCUAAAAAUGUCGCUGCCCUUAACAGUUGCUUGAGUUGCCUGUGGUGUUGGGCCUGCACUGGCCCUUAUUGGCAGUCAAGGGGGUCGCCUGCUGUUAAAUGGACUGGUCUAUUUUUACUCGCUGCUAUUCCUCCCAAUAAACAUAUAGCAAUUAAAUCAGGACAUCCCAUUUUUGGGUGCCCUGCUCUCAGUAGGGCACCCAAAAACGCACAUUAUUGUGAUGUCACAUGGACCAUGCGGGAGUGCAGCCGGGAAGAUGCCCGUCCCGGUUUUUGGCCUCAACAUGUUGGAGGGUAUGAUAUAGGUACAAAAUAAGACUAUUUCAGCAUCUCACAAUCAGGAUCCCUACAAAUCAAAAAUGAGAAGUGAAGGAAAAUUGUCAGGACUUUUCUCUUCCUUAAAAGUUCUGAACUUGGUCUUCCAUAAGUAGACUGGUAUGUCAUUAUUCAUCAGUUCCUGCCAUGUAUAAUCCUGUUUCUUCACAGACCAAUGGUUUAAUUUACAUGUGUAAAUCCUAUUUUUCUAGGAAAAGUAAUGGGAGUCUCGGUCUCCUGCACAUGGGAAGAUGCUCUUGAAGGUUUCACUGUUGCAGCUGAACACUAAGAUGUCAUGUUCUACGCCGUACUGGUGAAUGCUUAGAGAAGCUCUAUGUAGGGGUGUGAGCUGUCAUUGCUGCUAUGCUUCCCUCCCCGCUUUGGACUCCUGGUGAUGCUACUGUCUCCAGCACACAUCUUCAAUAAAGCAAAACUCAGCAGAA